AGAUUACACAACCGAGCAACAAGGGAUAUCGCGGCCGAGGCAGGAUUAGGAACGCCCACCAUUAAUUGCCGUAGACGGAUCCACAGUCGCAACUUGCUGCAAUCUUACCGUGAAAAUGCGCUGGAAAAUUCCCUUUACUCUCCUUCUAUACGCUGUAUUGAUACCCUUUCUUUGCUCUGCCGCCGUUGAUAAAGGGGAGGAGGCAAAAGCUCUGGUAUUUCUCAAGAAAUACAACAAUGAGACUCGCCAUGCAGAUUACAAGUCUACUGUGCGUUCGUGGAAUUACGCUACAAACAUCACAGAUUACAAUAGUAAACUGAAGACAAACGCAAGCCUUGCUUUCUCAGAAUUUUACAAGGGGAUGCGAGAGAACGCGUCAAAAUUCGACGUGAGCAAACUGUCCGACGACACCAAAAGACAAAUCCAGUUUAUCACUUCCUCAGCGACACCCAAAGAUGAAGCCGUGUUGCGCAGAGUCACCGAGCUCGAAUCAAAAAUGGAAGGUAUCUACAGCACUGGCAAAGUUAAAGACAGUGACGGUAAAAUGCUUGCACUGAACCCAGACUUGUACCGCAUAUUGGCGACAACACGCGAUUAUGAUAGACUUCAGUUUGCAUGGAAAGGCUGGCGGGAUGCGGUUGGCCCGAAACUGCGACCUCUCUACAAGGAAUUUGUGAAACUGAAAAACCAAGGCGCCAGAGACAAUGGCUGGAAAAACAUUGGAGAGUACUGGCGAUCGUGGUACGAGGUUGAUGACUUGCAGAGCAUGGUUGAAGGCUUUUGGAACAAAUUGAAGCCUCUAUAUGAAGAACUCCACGCCUAUGUGAGGUACCGGCUUAGCCAGAAGUACAGCAAGAUGAAAAAGACCGGUCCAAUCCCAGCGCACUUGCUAGGAAACAUGUGGGCGCAAUCGUGGGUAAAUAUUUACGAUCUGGUCGAACCAUACAAAGGCAAACCCAGCCUAGAUGUUACAGCUAACAUGGUAAAGCAAAACUACACUGCGCUGAAAAUGGUGCAACUCGCCGAGUCAUUCUUCACUUCAAUUGGUUUGGAACCUCUCCCCAAGUCAUUCUAUAACUUAUCCUUGAUCAGUAAACCUGAUGACAGAGACGUCAUUUGUCACGCCUCCGCUUGGGAUUUCAGCAUCAACAAAGACGUCAGGUAAGGCAUCACAAUUUCUCCUUGCAUUCGAGGUUUUCAUUCGAGUAGUGGGAGAAGAAACGCACGAGACUAGGAACAGGCUACUCGAAUGAUGGCCUCCAUCGCAGCCGUUUUUAGUGUGGUCACGCAACGCUUCUCCCCAACGUUGCGUGACGACACUAAAGACGGCUAAGAGGGGCGACAAUCAUUUGUGAAGUGAACAGGAAAAGUGUAAAGGGCAAGGAAACAAAUACCAACCCUCCCUGCCUUCCACUUUUUUCUCUCCUCGCGCCGUUUUUUCAACCUUUCUUCAUCUAAACACUUGGAACAGGAUGUUUUUCGUCAAGCCAGCAUAUUGCCUGCGUGCAGACGUCUCCUAUUUCCUUUGUUGCACGCGGAAAAAGGGACGACGUCCCUUUUCCGCGUGCAACAAAGGAAAUAGGAGACGUCUGCACGCAGGCAAGCCAGCAUACAAAGCAUUUCCUACUAUCUACACAUGUAUACAUGUACAUGUUAGACUGUUUACAGUCCUCUAUUUUUCCGUAAGAUCAUCGAGAUCGAGCGCUUUGUGUUACGGGCUGCCAUCUUGCAUGAGUGUCAAAACUACUUAGGGGGCAGGGGCGGUUUAUAAUCCCCGACGCCCGCCCCCUCGGUACAUUUGAAAAUCAAGUUACCCGUGACAGUAAGACGCGGCAUAUCUAAACGAUCCCACGAAAAAAUAGGGGACUGUGAACAGUCUAUAUACAUGUAGACCAAUGGUUUUGACGAUGCCCGAAGCUAGGCUAAGUACAUGGCUUCCUUAGGGGAGAGGGCAGGGGAGAUUCUAGAGGGCGGAGGGGGGAGGUGUUCUCACCUCUUUUCGCUUCUCUCGUCCCCACUUUCCCCAGAAGCGCCUGAUACUCAGGCUACCCCGACGCAGACUUGAUUUGCGGCUAGGGGUUUCCUUUUCUUUCCUCUCCUCCCUCCCCUCCCCUCCCCCUUCAAGCUUUCCUUUUUUGCUCCUGUUCCAACUUUCUCAACGACCUCGUGCGGAAACACUUGCUACACAGGCAGUUUUUGGUCGAGUUCCAUUUAUGUUUUGUUAAUUCGUUUUUUCGUAUUUUUCCUUUGUUAUUGUUCAUGGCCUGUGUUGAUGUUGAUGGCCUUUUCCCCAAAGCUUCACGAGGUUCUACGAUACACGCAUUUCCAGUAAAUUUCUGUAUAUUUCUAGUAUUUGAUGUGUCAUCUUUUCAGAGUAAAGCAAUGUACCACGGUCACACAUAACUACUUGGUCACCACUCACCACGAGUUGGGCCACAUUCAGUAUUACCUACAGUACUGGGACCUACCAGUCGAGUACCGCACCGGCGCUAACCCAGGAUUCCAUGAGGCCGUCGGCGAUACCAUGUCACUUUCAGUCGACACACCACAACACUUGACGAAAAUUGGUUUGUUAGAGAACUACAGCGAUGAUGAAGGUACAGAUAGAAUACAUGACAUUAUUACCCGGCCCUUGCUCAGAACGAUCUUCCCUCUGUGAAAUGUAGUAACUUCUUGGGCGAUCUAACCUCCAUAACAGGCGCUUUAUGAGCAAAGCGAGGCGAACGCGGCAUUUAUACAGGCUAGGGCUUUCCAGCGGAAAAACGUUUUCUCUUGUGAUAAAAAGUAUUGGAAGCAAUGCAUAUUCGCACUUUAUUUUAUUUUUUUAAUUAUUUUUUUUCCAUAUUCGCUACUUUAGAAAAGAGAGGAAAACUGGUCCGAGUUAACUUUCGAAAAGACUCCUGGGACUGUUCCGAAGGACAGGGACAAAAAUUAACCAAUAGCUGACAGGCGCGUCCACGAUCCCAGAAACAAUUGCGCAACGAAUUUCAGCUCCAGUUCCCUUCUCGUACCUAAAGUGGCGAAUACUCUUGUGUUUGUCGCCGAUGUGACCGUUUUGCAGCCUGCGAGCAAGCUCUCCGGGGCGCUCUGACGGCGGGGUGGAAAAAGGAAGGAGAGCUUGCAACUACGUCUCUGAAAAUUAAAUUCUACCUCCCCUUGUGGCUGCCCGUCGACUGAGCUGUCAGAUUUCCGCCAAUCAGCGCGAAGCGGAAACGAGCGCGAAUGUAAACAAGCACUAAAAAACACGUGCCAAGGGUAACAACGUCAUUACUAAUGUCAUCUCUGCCAAUCAGCAUUUCGCACCGACUUUUUCGAUGCAGAUAUUCAAAAUCCAGGGACGUACGUAGUUGCAAGCUUUCCGCCAGAGCGCCUCGAAGAGCUUGCUCGCAGGCUACCGUUUUGUUGUUGCCAUUUUAUAUCUUUCCGCAGGCUCUCUCUUUUUGUGUUUUAUGUUUUGCCUUCCAAAUUCAGACCACGUGAUGUUCUCCAGGAAAUCUUCCUUUUUUUCUUUUCAUAUACAUAUGAACGUGCAUCCACGUGAAUAGGACGAUAUUUGAAAAAAAAAAAAAAACAGUUCUCUGGGUUACCAUCACGUGGUCUGAAAUGGGAAAGCAAAACAUACAAGUUAAAAUGUUCUAUUGUUUUUGACGAUUGGAAAAAAAGAAACAGCUUUCUCCUUGCCCCACCCUUGCCCCCUUUCUAAAGGGCUAAGCAAGCAGUAAUCGCGAGAUUGCGAUCACUUACAGAAGUGAUGGGUUAACAGCUAUCAGGUUUCCAGUUAUUAAGGAAAGCAAUUAUCGGGUUUUUUUUGCAAGCUUUUGCCUUACAGGGGGCUCGCUUAACACUGGUUUGAUUAUAUGUCUGUUUAGAAUCUGAUAUAAACGCCUUAAUGAAGAUGGCAUUGCGUAAAGUGGCGUUCCUACCGUUCGGUUUUAUGAUCGACCAAUGGCGUUGGAGGGUUUUCAGUGGAGAUAUUACUGAAGAGAACUACAACGCCGAGUGGUGGAAGCUGAGGACUAAGUACCAGGGAAUCAAGCCUCCAGUGGAUCGUUCAGAAGAUAAUUUUGAUCCCGGAUGCAAGUAUCACAUUCCUGCAAACACUCCAUACAUAAGGUAAGCUACUUUAGAAUGAGCUGUGCCGCGAUAUUCAGUCGUUUUUUCUUUCGACCUGCAAAAUUUUCACUUAAAAAAAAGAAAAAGUUAUCGAAUGAUCCCUGCAUCUUGAAAUCCCUGAAGCUUUUCUGAUGAGUCACUAAAGUUCUGUUCAGACGUAUCCUUAUUCGCUAAGAGUAGAGGCGUUGACUCGGGUGUGGUGGUCUGUCUCAAAUCCACUCUCAUAUUAGAUGAAAGGCCAUCAUUACUCAUUACUUUUAAACUUAAAAACUGCACUAUGAGCAGUCUGGCAAGAGUCCCCAAAGCCGUGUUCUGAGAGUAGUAGGUAGGUGGAGUAGUAGGCAAUGUGAUAAUUACAAUUUACAAUGCCACUGUCCGACAGGAAAGAAACGACACACAUCUACAUCCAUACAUCUUUGUAUUGGGUUAAAAUCGAUGGGGCAAAAGCCAUGUCACGUGGUUUCGAAGGGGCCAAACAAGUGAUGAAAUCUGCCGAUGUAAGAAAUCGCAGUGGAGUAUGUUAAUUCAUAAUUCUAGACAACAGAAAAUGAAGAACCUUUUAUCUUGAACACGAGAAUGGCAAAUUUAUGGGUGUAACUGAUAACAUUUUUUAGGGAAUGUAGUUGCGAUCGCAGUUGUCCUCACAUUGUAUAAUAAAGCGGUAGAAGUUGUUGAAACUCGAACUAUACAUUUUGCACGACUAAUAUCGUUGUCUCAUUUUGAGAGAAUAAACAGACUCGACGGCGAUUGCACGUAUUGGCAAAUUUUAUCACUUGUUGCCCCCUGAAUUAUCACGUGACAUCUCUCUUAUCCCGUCAAUUGCUAAAGCGCGUGCAGAGAUGAAUACACAUUUCUUGCGAAAAAUGUUCAUAUCAAUGGCUUUUCACUUAACCUCGCUUUGAAACAGAGGCUUGGGACAACUCAGGAAUGGUUUAUUACCCUAUGUAACUGAGAUAAAAUAACUGAAUCUUGCAGUUAAAGUUAUAUUAUUUUUCCUUUCAGAUAUUUUAUGAGCUACGUUUUGCAGUUCCAGUUCCACAAGGCGGCUUGUAAAGAAGCAGGUCACAAAGGACCCCUUCAUACCUGCUCCAUCUUUAAUUCCACAAAAGCAGGAACAAAAAUUGGGUAAUGUUAUCAAUACGUUCAGCGAUGCACUUUCUUACAACCAAGUUGAGGAUCUUAAACGGCCAGUGGCUUUUACGGUAUUAAAAAAGGGGGCUUUAACUGACGGUUUAAAUUAUCCCAAAUUUCAGUUGUCAGCUUUCACAAUUCAGUUUACAUUUCAUCUUUAUCACUGCGCAUAAGCUCAUAUCGAUGUUUCACUCCUAAGAGUAUACAGGAUGUUUGUCAGUCACGAACCUUGUUUAGUGGCCUUAGAUUCCCAUGAGUCUCCUGUGGCUCAGUGGUAGAGCAUCUGGGCUAGCAACCAGGCCCCAGUUGUUCAAAAGUUGGAUAGCGCUAUCCAACGGAUAAAUCACUAUCCCACGGAUAAGUGUUAGGGAAACCAAUUGCGCUAUCUAGUGGAUAGUGAUUUAUCCGAUGGAUAGCGUUAUCCACCUUUUAAACAACUGGGGCCAGAAGGUAAUAGGUUUGACUCCUUUUGAAAGUUCUCGGGUUUUUUCUUCCGACCCGCUUAUGUCUCUGACUGAAAAAACAUCUUUCUCAGUUUGCAAUUUUUACAAAACAUUUUUUUACGGUGUUGCGUAGUUAUCUUAAUACCUUUUCGGGUCGAAGCAAAAAGUUGUAGUAGGAUCUGACAGACACGAGAUAGUGCAAGAUAUAAAAAAUAGAAAAGAAGCCGCCUUGACAUCGUGACUUUAGAAAUUACAAAUUGUACCUUGACAAUUUUUAAGGAUGCUUCUCAGGACUUAACUAGUUAAGGCUCAUCCUCGGAAACCCAGGGGCAGUCAGUCGGAUCGGGAGAAAGGGCGUGACGAAAGUUUUCAAGCGCUGGCGGAAAAGCCCUUGGGUACCAACUUCCACCAGACAAUUUCCAAACGGUUAAGCGAAUUCCGGCUCCUGAUUGGGCCCAAAACAUGCUUUGUAUUAUUACUUUUUGUGCGCAAUCGUCGAACAGCAUACCCUGUCUCCUUUUCGUGUGUUCGUAAACGAUGGCUAUUGUCCCGCCACACUUUUUCGGUUCUUUAGUUUGGCUCUAUUAAAUCCCAUAGCAGUCGAAUGCUGAUCGGCAAGCCGGCCAGCCCACCUUGUAUUUUUAAACAAAGACAGAUUUUACCAAAGUCAUUAAGGAGUAUAAGCCCCCACCCCCACAACCCGGCUGAUGCACCUCACAUACACACACGUACGCCCAAUGGCCAUUUCAAGCUUUAAUGAUUUAACUAAUUUGUAUAAUUAUUUGGGUGCCUUUGAUGGCUCAAUUUAGGUUUCUGAGACACUGCCCACCUACCCCUCCCCUAAGCCAACAUUUUGCCUAAGUGAGUUAAUGUUAGCUUAGGGGAGGGGUAGGUGGGCAGUUUACAAAAAAACUAAAUUGAUCCCAUUUGAUUUCUUUCAACAGUGAGAUGUUGAAGAUGGGCAAGAGCAAACCUUGGCCACAAGCCCUUGAAAAACUUACCGGAAGUCAGACGCUUGAUGUUGAAGCGCUCACUGAAUAUUUCCAGCCCCUUCGUGAUUGGUUGGUGAAGCAACGAGAGGAAAUCGGUUACCCCGCGCCGGGAUGGAAAGAGGAACCAACAUCUGGAAUACCUGAGCUCACUCCAGUCCGGUUUUACUUGUUUGCCUUGUUAUUCGCAUUAGUUGCGUUCUUUUAGAUGAAGCGCUAGCGUUUUGAUCCGGAAGCGACUCUCGCUCUCUACAUUAACCAUGUUAGGGUAGAGUAGGGCAACAUUCCGCUUAUUAUAUACUCUGAUUGUUUGGUUAUAACUUUUCCUGAUUCUUUCAAUUCAUAGCCUAAGUAGCGACCCGUUGAGAAACACAGGGCGUAAGGAAAAGUGGGUGGAUGUUUAUUUGUAUCCGGAAAACCAAGUCCCCAAAUUUCUCCAAGUCAGAUCCUAAUUUUUAACUGUUAUUGGGACCCGAUCGCCCUAGAUCGAGCCCAAAAGGAUAUCGGGCCCAAAUUGUUUAAAUCGGGUUUGAUUACUAAUCAGGUCGGUUUCCAGGGGCCUCUUUAACCUUAAAAACUGGUUCGGGAGGAGGACGCGCGUAAAGGGUGCUUCCUCUUCCCUCGUGCGUGCCCUUCCCACUCGCGCGCGCCUCUUCAAUUUGCGCCCCCCCUGCCCUGUACUUAGGGAGCUUUAGCAUCGACGAAGGCAAUGGCAGCGAAAACGUCAGUGUUAAAAUGAAUUCCCGUUUUUUCAAUCUUUGUGGGGCUUAUUCCAAUUUGCUGAAAAUGGCAAGUAUAGGCGAAUUUCGCUAGAGUUGAUUUCUUGAGGACCGCACUCAAGUUUAGAGAGGGAAAAAGAGAUGAGUCGUCGCUUGUUUACGUCCUCUAUAAAACUUGCAAUUAAGCAUUUUCACGUCGUAGUCUUGCAAGGACGGUAGAGAAAUGUACACAAAAGCGUGAUGCUCAUGCAAAGUUGUUGUUUUGCGUAAUAAACCUAUUGCUUUUUUGACGUCCUCGUUGCCGUCGCCGUCGUCGUUGCUAAAGCUCCCUAUUGUCGUGCGACCACCCCGCAGGCUAUUUUCUCCAGCCUGACGUCUUUGUAAAGUAGGACUUCGUAGAUAGAGAGUGUAUAUUUAGACAUUAAUUUGUUCACCCCGUAUCAUUAUUAUCAAUACUUUUUUGUGAUUUCAUCUAGUGGACAUCGGAA